AUUAAAUAAUUUUGUAUAUGCAAAGAUAAUUAAGAAUUGCUACUAGAUCUUCAGCCUUAGCAAUGGCUUAAACAAAUUAUGUGAUAAGUGAAUUAAAAUAAGAAUGUGAGAUAAUAAAGGUAUCAAAUGAGGUUGGGGAUGUAAAUUUGUAAGAUCCUUUAUAUAAAAUGCCUACAGUUGGUGUAUUUACAAAGCAGGUAGAAUAGUAUUUGUAAGUUUUUAUAAGUAAAUAUAAUAGACUUGAAUAAAAGGCAGAUGUUGCAGUACACUCUUUGAAAGAUUUACCAACAAUAAUAGAUAAUGAAUUGUAUUUAGCUGCAUAUACAAAAUUUGAAUAAAGAGGAGAUGUGGUGUUAUUGAAUAAAAAAUAUAAUUACAAGAGCUUAGGUGAAUUACCUGAUGGAUUUAAUGUGGGUACAUCAUCACUAAGAAGAAUAGCUACAAUUAGAAAUAGAUAUCCAAAAUUAAAUUUAAUUAAUAUUCGAGGAAAUUUAAAUACUAGAAUUUAGAAGCUUGAUGAAGGAUAAUAUGAUGCUAUAAUUCUAGCAAAAGCAGGAAUUUUAAGAUUAGGUUUAGCUGAUAGAAUUUCUUUUGAUUUAGAGGAAAAAGAAUUCUUAUAUGCACCAGCAUAAGCAGCUUUAGGAAUUUAAUGUAGAAAAGAUGAUUUGGAAACAAUAGAUAGAUUAAAAGUUUUAAAUGAUGUUGAUGCUUAAAAGAGAUGUGUAGCUGAAAGAAUGUUUCUUAAUUAAUUAGAAGGAGGAUGUAGAUUACCAAUUGCUGUUUACAGUGAAUGUAGAGAAGAUGGAACAGUUUACAUCAAAGGCAGAGUUUUAGCUGUUGAUGGAACUUAAGUCAUUGAGGAUGAAGCUAUCGAUCAUUUUGAAAAAGUAGGAUAGAUAUUAUGUUAAAAAAUUCAGGUUCUUGGAGGAGUGGAAUUAAUUAACAGCUUAAAAUAAUAAAAAUGAGG